AUGGCCUUGCCCAAGGAACUUGGAAAUGUCUCUGUCUUUCUUCAUGAACCCUCACAGUUUUUUGCCUCUGGGAGUCAGGGUGCCCAAACUUCAACCUUAGCUGCUGUCAAGUACCUCUUUGAUCUGUCGAUUGAGUCCGAAAAUACUUCAAGACCUCAUAUCGUGGCCCUGCUAUCUUCUUUGCAGCCCUCUCAUGCUCCUCAGACAAGGUCUCAAGCUCGGGCGAAUGCAGCCUCUCCCAGACCCCCGCCUGUUUCGAAAGGGAUCUGGAACCCAACACCUCUAACGUCGCUAUUCAUUGAUGGUUUGGACGAAGAUCAAGUUUGGGCUCAACUGGAUCUCCGGACAAAGCCUGUUUGUGAUAUGCUUGAAAAUGUUCUAGAAGGGGACCCUGCAGAAGACGACGUCAGUGAAGACGGAGAGCAAGCUGAAAGGCUACGAGAUGCUCUGGCCGCUCUUGGAGAAGAUCCGGAAGCUGACAUGGAUCAGUUUUUUGACGACAUUGAAAGUGAUGACUCUAGUCUCUCAGAGAAUUUUGCGGAGGAGAGCGGGGAUGAAACGGAGGAUAGCGUUGAAGGUGGUGAGGAGGACUUUAACGAAGAAGGUGUCAUGACAUUGCGUGGCCCAUCGUCGGACGAAGAAUCUGAGGAUGAAUCGCUGAAUAGCCGACGAAGACCAGCUCAUCCAAAACAAGGAAAAUCUGUGCUGGACGACGGAUUUUUCGACCUCUCCGCUUUCAACGCCGAAACAGAACAAGCAGAAGCGAGAUCCGCAUCAAAAGGUCGCUUGGCGGACGAAGAUGAUUCUGAUGACGACGCGUCCGUAGACCUUUUCGCUCCCAUAGCUCAGGGUUCGAACUUUGAAGAAGACGACCUCGAAAACGAUCCCGGAGAAGCAUUUUAUGGCGACUUUUUUGAAGCCCCUCGUAAAAGUGUCUCCCGAGUGAAAAAAGUACCAUCACAGGCGAAAAUAUCAAAUGGGCCUGGCGGAGUACGUUUUCAUCAAGAAGUGCGGGUUAGGACGAUCAAACCCUCAGGCAAGAAUAAAUCAUUGUAUGAGGAUGAUGAAGACGACGAAGACGAGGAUGACGAAUUCCCUGUGAGCAAUACCCUUGACGUAGAGAUGGCGGAGAACGACGAUAUGGAGUUGGAUCUAGAAGAUGAAUCUCAAGACUCCGACGAGGAGUCUCGUGAUGAAACGCGGAAUUCAGGGCACAGGGAGACGAUUGAGAGGUUAAAAGACGAUUUGUUUGCGGAGGAGGAGGACGACGCUCUCCUCGAAGAUUUGACCGCACACGAACAACGAAUGGCUGCGUUGCGUCAAGAGAUUGCGGAGCUGGAAUCAGAAAAUGUCACCAAGAAGUCAUGGACGUUGAUGGGAGAAGCUGGCUCUCGAGCUCGACCGCAAAACUCGCUCUUGGAAGAGGAUCUGGAAUUUGAUCGCGUCAUGAAGGCUGUACCGAUUAUCACAGAAGAGAUAGUCCAAAGUUUAGAAGAAACAAUAAAGGCUCGAAUUUUAGAAAACCGAUUCGACGAUGUUGUCAGGUUGCGCCCACUCGAAGACAAGCCUUUUCUACCCUCUCGAUUGCUUGAACUACAAGAUACAAAAUCCAUUCAAUCUCUGGCGCAAAUAUAUGAGAAUGAUUAUAUCGAUAGCGCAGGAGCUGAAGCUGCAGAUGAUCGUGAUGGUAAACUGAAGAAGGAACAUGAUGCCAUCGAGGCACUUUGGGAGAAGAUAUGUGGAAAAUUGGAUGCAUUGUGCAAUGCACAUUUCACUCCCAAGCAGCCCAAAGCCGUGAUUUCAGCCAUUGCCAAUGUUUCGACGACGACCCUCGAGUCUGCUCUCCCAACAACAAAGUCCGCUGCCACAAUGCUCGCCCCCGAAGAAGUCUUUUUACCCUCAUCUUCGGAACCACGCGCUCGAAGUGAACUUACACCCACCGAGAAACGCUCUUUACGCGGAAAAGAACGCAAAAUGAAAAAGAAGCAACGCGACGCAUUGAACACCUCCGUUGACAAAUUUGCCAGGGCAAAGAGUAUUGGAGGUGUGAAAAGGCAAAAACGAGCAGCAUUAGAGAGUGUUGUGAAACGCGGAAAGGGAGUUACCGUGGUAGGAAAGCAGAAGAAGGACUCGACGAAGAAGCACGACCGUAAAAGGACAUGA